AUGUGGAAUUGGACCUCCAUUGACAAGAGCCCGAACAACUUCUACGACCAUCUAGGCCAACAUCUCCCCGGAGAUAUAGUCCUCACUAGAGGCAACAUAACGCACUUCGGGCUCGAUGGCAACGCAGCUGUUGCCAAGCACUACGAAGGCCACCUUUAUAUUCUCGCAAACAAUGUGACCCAUGGCGUCGUUGGAAAGUAUCGUCUGCCCGAACAAACGGACCUCACUAAGAGAACGACAUACACCUGGAACUUUAGAAAUAUGGCCAGACUCAAGUACUCCUACGAGAAUUUAUGUGGCGACUACAAGAGCCAGUAA